GUGUGGGGCGCAGGUCCCUCCCAAGUGUCACCCUGCCUGGCACUAGCAGACAGGCACUGUUGCUCUAGCACUCACUUGCGGCUACCACACGGGCUUCACCACCACAGCUGGCGCCACACUCCCUCCACACACGGCCCACGCCGGGCUCCUUUGCUCACUAAAGCAGCAGCAGCAGCACCACCGUGUGAGCCAAGAUGAGCAAUCCGGCCAGCGAACUGGAGCGGCCAGGGACCAACGCGUCUAACCGGCAGGCCUGGGGAGGUUUUGAUGGGCGAGACGGCGCCCCCGGACCCACUGGGCCCGUCGGGGCCGCCCCCACCACCGCCGUCGACAACUACGAGUACGACAACAGUGAGACCAUCCGCAAGAAAGGAUGCUGGUACAACUUCUCCACCUGUGUCUCACUGAUGUGGGCCACCCGGCAGAUGACCAAGCAAGAGGACAGAGAGGUCUAUGUCCGCACCACCUUGAGGGAACUGGUCGUGUACGUCAUCUUCCUCAUCAUCCUCUGUAUCUUGACGUACGGGAUGACGUCGUCGACGAUGUACUACUACACCAACGUGCUCUCCGGGCUCUUCCUGGACACCCCGUACCCGGACAACCAGGGCAGCUACAGGCAGGCCACACUCGUCGCCGACUUCUGGACUUUUUUGGAGAAUGUGAUGCUGGACGGGUUAUACUGGGAGUCGUGGUAUGACCCCGCCACUACCCCUACCGAGACAGAUGACAGAAAUAUACUCUACGAGAACCGCUUACUUGGUCUCCCUCGUAUGAGGCAGAUACGAGUGAGGAACGACUCGUGCACAGUUCCAGAUGAUUUUCAGCGAGCCAUAAGGCAGUGCUUCGACGUGUACUCCUCAAGUUCUGAAGACAAAACCCCCUUUGGACCAGGCAACUCCUCAGCAUGGAUAUACUACACGGAAAAGCAGAUGAACAGCACGAGCACUUGGGGAAAAAUUGCCACAUACUCUGGUGCAGGGAGCUAUCAGGACCUUGCUUUAUUCAGAAAUGAAACUGAAGCUAUAAUUGCCGAUCUUAAAGAAAACCUGUGGAUUUCAAGAGGGACCCGAGCAGUCUUUAUCGACUUCACCGUCUACAAUGCCAACAUUAAUCUUUUUUGUGUGAUCAAACUGGUGUUUGAGUUCCCAGCAACUGGUGGUGUCAUUCCCUCCUGGUCCUUCCGAACUGUCAAACUACUUCGUUAUGUCACUCCAAUGGAUUUCUUCGUCAUGGCCUGCGAGUUUAUUUUUAUCUUCUUCAUUUUAUACUACAUCAUUGAAGAAAUCAUAGAAAUUAAAACGAUUGGAUGUACUUACUUCAAAAGCGUGUGGAACAUACUUGAUAUUUUGGUGAUACUGAUCUCGAUACUGUGUGUAGUAUUCAGUGUUUAUUGCACAAUCUCAAUCAAAACUAAGUUGGAAGAGUUGUUAGCUGACCCCAACACCUUCUCUGACUUCGAGUUUUUGGGCUUCUGGCAAACGCAGUUUAACACUGCCGUUGCUAUCUGUAUUUUCUUUUCCUGGUUUAAACUCUUCAAAUACAUCUCCUUCAACAAGACCAUGACUCAGCUCUUCACUACUUUAUCAAAGUGUGCAAAGGAUGUGGCUGGCUUCACAAUCAUGUUCUUCAUCGUGUUCUUUGCCUUCUCUCAACUGGGCUACCUGCUCUUUGGCACACAGAUUGAAGAUUUCAGUGAUUUUGUGAGUUCUGUUUUCACCUUACUCCGAUUAAUCCUUGGUGACUUCGACUUCCAUGCAAUUGAAAAUGCAAACAGGAUCUUGGGACCCAUUUUCUUCAUUUCAUAUGUGUUCUUUGUCUUCUUUGUGUUGCUCAACAUGUUCUUGGCCAUCAUCAAUGACACCUACACUGAAGUCAAAAAAGAGAUUGCUAGCCAACGCAAUGAAUUUGAAAUUGCUGACUACUUUAAACGUGGCUAUAACAAUAUGAUGGGCAAGCUGGGGAAGAGAGAUAAACUUAUAGAUCUCCAAAAUGCUAUUAAACUUUCGGAUACUAAUAGUGAUGGACUUCUGACAUUCGAUGAGAUUAGGGCCAACCUAAAGAAGUGCAACUUUUCUGAUAUGGAGAUAGAAAUGUUCUUUGCCAAAUAUGAUACUGAUGGAAACCGUCUCUUGGAAGCCGACGAGGUGAAGCGGAUGUUGGCUGAUCUAGAGGGCCAGAAGAUGGAGCUCGAUAGACAAAUGAGCAGUGAGGAUCAACCUGGCAGUAAAAAAGACAGCAGUGAAGCAGAGACACGACCAGUGUCGGCCUCGUCUGGCCAUGGCUCCAUUGCCUCAGUUUCAUUUGAGGAGUUCUCUGUUUUGCAGCGUCGUGUGGACCGCCUCGAGCACAGUAUAGGCAGCAUUGUUAGCAAAAUUGAUGCUGUACUGGUGAAACUAGACACCAUGGAGAAGACCAAACAUAAACGCCGUGAGACCAUGGGCAAGAUUCUCGACACAAUUACAGAGAAUGAUGGAAUGGACGAGGCCACAAAGAGGAAACAUAUGGAAAAAUUGGUCCGUGACGAGUUAGAGAAAUGGGAUGGAGAUGGCAGCCCAGGCUCGGGACAUAAAUAAAUGGAAGCUGGUUGAUCCCUAGUGAUAGUAUAAUAUUGAAGUUGCACAGCUCAAUACUCAACUAGAAUUCUUAUGCAACUUCAGUAAAACAGAAUAUGGGUAGUUGCACAGUCAUUAUAUAGUUGUAAGCCAGUGUUGUACAUACUGAAAUGUAAUAGCUUUGAUAUCCAGUGAUAUUCCAUGAUAAAACCAAUCUAUAUCUUGGUCAAGUUGCAUUGUCAGCAUCCCAUAACAUGAGGAAAACUGUAUAGGUAUAUAUUAGAAAGAUCAGCAUCUGCUACUUGCCAGUAUUUGUUAAAAGCCAGUAAGCAGGUGGUGGUAUUGAUUCUUCAUCGAGGGCAAGGAAUAAGCUUUUACCUCUCAAGAUACAAGAAAUAAUAAAUCCCCCUUGUAAUUAGGAGCUACAAUUUUGGGGAGGGUACUAACAGUAUAGCAUUUCACUUUCCUGUGAAUUUGAAUAGAGGAGAAAUCAUCCAGAUUCCAUCUAUGUAUUCUCCAGCAUCAAACUGGUGCAUAUAACUUGGAUAUUGUAGAGUAAUUGUUCAAAGUAGUCAGCAUGAGCUGUGAUACCUGUGCCUCAGUGCUGGACAGAUCUUUACUUGCUUCAGCAGUGUUACCAGCUAAAUUAAUCGGUAACAUUUUAACCGUCAAUUAUUCAUAUUUACAUUGAAGAAUUUAUGCACAUUUCCUGGAUAUUGCCAGACUUCACGGGCAUUAUAAAAUCUGAUCCGGGUGUCAACACUAUUCAGUACAAAGUCAGUAAUCCAGCCAAUUGCACAUGUUGACGUCCUGGUCUUUCUCUGGUGUAUAGUCAGUCAUGGUUUAUGAACACCUGCAUGAUGGUGCAUAUGUCUGAAUACAAGAUGGAGAUCUGUCCAGCCUAAAGUCUAAUGUAAAUUUCUGCAUUUAUUUUCUUUAUAAAAUUUCCAGUUACACAACUGUCAUUCAAAAUCUGAAUGUGCUAGUCCAGAAAAGUUAUGGUUGAUUUUUGACAAUGAACAAGCUUCUGAAGAAGUGCUUUAUUAAGUCCAUAAUUUAUUGAGAGAGAUAUCUUGAUACAAAGCCCUAUAAAUACAGUAUUGUCUACCAAAAUUUACCAUUAAUAUAAUGUCUCAUUAAGAAGCAUUAUUAUCAAGACUAAUCUUUUGAGUUCAGUAAUUUAUUAUUUUGCAUUACAAUUCUGUAAAAUACUGUGUACAUUAUGCUGUUAUGUUCACUAAUACUUUCCAAAGCCUUUUUUAAUAAUAAACAUUUCCAGAAAUAAACAUGUAAGCACAUAUGAUAAAACAACCCCAGAGCAUCCUAGUUGAAAUUACAGUACCCAUGCCCUUUAUGAAACGCUGGUAACCAGUAACCAUUAUUUCAUACUACGUACAAACCAGUGGCUUAAUGCGUGACUGAUAAUCCUCCCUCCUGAGUCUAUAGGUUAUUUGACAUUUAGACUGACUGCACAUGUUACAAAAAUAUUUAUAUAAUUAUUGAAGUUAGUUUAAAUUAUUGAUUUAUGUUUUAGUUUUCAGCCCAGUAAAAUAAUGCUGUCAGUUAAUAAUAAUAAAAAUAUAUAUAUUUAGUGGAAAUGGUGACCAGAGCGGUCCUCUUGUUAGUUCAGGUCUCGGUAAUCCAGCCAAAUGUACCUGGUGAGAGGACGCAGCCUCGGGGCCAUACAUCAUUUUCACUUUUAGCAUCUGUUCUCCUGACCAUUGUUUUGUGUGGGCAUAAUAUAUUUGUACAUUAGCUUAAUUACUUGCAUUAUAAUUUGGAUAAUUCUCAUAUAAUCAAAUUACCUAUAAAUAAAUUAUUUAUUCACUU